AUGAGUGAAGAUGAUUAAGUAAUCUAUUAUACACUAUUACAAUAUAGCAUUUCGUUGAAGAAGACAAUAGUGAAGAUGAUAAAUUUGAAGAGAAUCUUGAAAAACAAUAUGCUGUAAUUCAGUUACAUUAUUAUUAUAGUUAUACCCUAAAGCAAGUAACAAGAGACCUGAAUCUAAACAUGGAAGACCUGAAAGUUCCAAAUUUUCGUAUAAAAAAUAAGAAUAGCAAACAAUAGAAUAAUAGCCUAAGCUAUUGGAAGCCAUACCUACUUCUCCAGCUCUCAAGAAGUUUAACUAAUUAGUUUCAUUUCAUAAAAUACAGAUUGAAUAAUUCUGGAAGAAUCAUACAAUAAUGGCUUCUUAAACUGAAUUCAUAGGUUUUUUAUUAGAAUCAGGUAUCAUUUAAUUAAUAAAUAAGGAUUUCAAUUUGAAUAAUAUGAAAUCAAUUCAAUUCUUAGUGAUUUAACUAAUGAUCGUGGUGUUAUCACUAUUGAAAGUCUAUGUAAGAAAGUACCUGCAUGGCAUUAAAAUGAGAGUAUUUCUUAUAUAUUAUUAAUUAUUUUAGAUGCUAUGUUAGAAUUCAUAAGGGAAAAAGCACUCAAAUUGGCAUAGGAAUCUAAGAGAAAAUUCUCUGCUCAAAAGAGACCUAAACCAUAAUCAGCUAGUACUAAACGAAGUGGUUUUAAUAAAGGAGAAUCUAGACCUAUAAGUGGCAUUUCAAAAAAAUAUUAAUCAGGCUUUAGUGAUUUGAAAAUGUAAAUCUACAUUUACAACAUUUAGAUCAAACAUAAAUGAUAGACCAUUGUAAAAUAAAUCCAAACAUUAUUUAUAAUUGGCUAAAUAAAGGUAAUAAGAAGAGGAUCGACUUCUUUAAUUAACAAUUAAUUAAGGAAAGAAUGAAUAUGAAUAUGAAAUGCUUAUUAAGAUGGGAGAAGCCAAUGAAUUGUCAUAAGAAUUAGACAGCAAGAUUACUUACAGAGCAUAUAAGACAGCAUAAGGACACUUAAAGGUACAUGUGUAUGAAUUGGAACAUUUUUAAAGAGAUCUAACAUUGGAAGAGUUUUAAAGAGAAUAUAAUAUUCUUAGGAGUAAAUAUAAUGAAAAAAAGAAAUUGAAAAUUUGGGAAGUACUUAGUGAAAAGAAGAAAAAUCAAAAAAGUCUUUAACAUUUUGGAUCUUCUCAAAAAGAAGAAAUAAAAUAAAAUGAAGUUGAUGCUAAAGCUGCAAAUAAAAAAGAAAGAUAAUAAGAAUUAAAGAAAGUGCUUUUGGAAACAAUGAUGCUUUCAAAUGUUUUAAAGGAAUAAUUGGUGGUGUUGAAUAGAAAGGGUAUCAAUGCAAUUUUAAAUCAAAGUGUAAAAUUAUGA